AACAGCCGGAGGUGUUCUCCUGCUUCUCACAUCAGCUCGACGGAAGAGUGGUUUCUUCCAGUUUGACGAAAAACCUGCAAGUCUAUAAAACUUAUCAUCUUACUCUUUUGAAGAAACCGUCGUCCGCUGUUGAACACCUAUAACAUCUUCAUAUCAUUUUGAGCAAAGUGGUAUUUUUCCGACUCUAGAAACAGUUUUUGUUGUUGGAUUUAUAUGCAGUUUUAACUCCGGAGUUGUUCCCGUGAGGGUAUCGUCAGAGAGAUCAUGGCGGGUCGAUGGAGUACAGGCAUCGGUAUGACUGGAUGGAUUGUUUACCUCGGAUUGUUGAUUUUCACGGAGUGUCAAGUUCCGCUUCGAUGUUUGAAGAAAAAUUGCCUAGGGGAUUUGUCCGAAGAGUCCGAAGGACUGCGGGAAGUUGAGUUAUUUCGGACCCUUCUAAAUGAGUCGGCUUACCCGGAGCACAGCAGACCCUCUAAAAGCCCGUCCAUACCAACAGUCGUCAAGUUCGGACUGGAAUUGAAUGCUGUCAUUGAUAUGGAUGAGCCAAGCCAAGUUUUCAAGACACAAGUUUCCCUCAUCUUGAGUUGGACAGACAGUUAUUUGACUUGGAACCAGAAUUACUAUGGCGUGCCUGAGGUUAGGAUACCGUCAUCGAAAAUGUGGAUGCCGGAUGUAACGCUCCUAAAUAGUGCGGACAGCGCUAACUUCAUGUUGGAGAACCGUCUUGUGCGCGUCAAACCUAGCGGUGAGACGGAAUGGCGAGCCUUCAUUGUCUUGACAAGUUUCUGCAAGAUCAAUUUCUCAUUCUUCCCCUAUGAUGAGCAGACAUGUCUGCUGAGGUUCAGGGCCUGGACCUAUACCAUAGAGCAUGUCAUCUUCGCACUUGGAUCUGAGUUCAAUGCCGACGACGCUGAAGAGCACGGGGAGUGGCACAUCGUCAACAUGGAGAGGAACAUCACCGAGACGAUCGAGGACCAUGGGAACUUCAGUGAUAUCACGGUUGCCAUCUCACUGAGUCGAAGGCCACAGUUCUAUGUCAUGAACAUCAUUGUACCAUGUCUCAUCAUUUAUUGCCUGACGCUCUUCAGUUUCUGCCUGCCUUGUGACUCGGGCGAGAAGAUUGGUCUUGGUAUCACUAUUCUUCUAUCACUGACGGUCUUUAUGCUCAUCAGUGCUGAUAUGAUGCCGCCUACUUCAGAUAACUUCCCCCUCAUAGGGCAAUUCUACACUUCUACGAUGGUGUUGGUCGCCGCGUCUGUCGGCAUGUCAGUCAUGGUGCUCAACUUCAACCACAGGCCGCCUUCAGCUCGCCGUGCCCCGGCGUGGAUGCGUCGACUGUUGCUUCAUUCUCGGUGUUCAAGACUCAUUUCUCUGACUGGACGACAAUCAUUCGAUAUGAUGCGUUCGUCAAGUGACAGUAACCCACACAGUGGUGAAGUGACCUACAUGCUGUCCCCAUCCGCCAAGACCACCAAGUCCAGCUGCCUGUCCGAAGAAUAUUCAGCCACUGACCACAUCCUGACGGACACCCCAAGCCACCAAGAUGACAACGGCGGCAUUGGGAUGGUCAGAUACCCAUCCAGCCCGAAGCUCGGCCGCAACACAGCUACGCUGGAACGCGGCGAGCAGGAAACCUCCCUGACGAAGAGGACUGACCCGGGCGGUGAAUCACCGGGCUCUGCACGGCAGGGGAGGGUAGCUGAGCGGGACGCUAACCCCGUUGGUAACAGCUCGGCCCUUGAGAAGCUUCUGAUUAACAUCUCCGGGGAUUUGAGGAAAUUGGUGGUUCGUAAGGAGGCGGAUGAAGAGGAGCAGGAGAUCGUUGAUGAAUGGAAGCUUCUUGCUAAAGCAGUGGAUAGGAUCUGCUUGAUCGUCUUCGUUUUAUCUUCCCUUAUUCUGACUGUUGUCCUUGGGUCUGAAAUGAUGAGAAGAAAUGUUGAGUAAGAGUAGCCACCCAUCCUUGUAUUAAGCCCUGUGUGCAAUACUGAAUAUAGAUAUAGUUUUAAAAAGGGACCAGUUUGUUUUUCCUGCCAACCUCGUUUUAGCAAUUGAUUUGUAUAGGAGAAAACAGGGUAGCAUUGCGUGAAAAGGUCUUAAAAAUUAAUGGGUUGGCGAUUAUCAAUAGUAUGUUUUGUAUUAUACCAUACCACACUUAGAAAUAACGUGAAUGGUAUGUUUUAUGCUGUUCUGAAAUUUGUAUGGCCCGUUUUUUGCUAGGAUUGUUUAUUAGUGGCCCUUGUUGUUGUUUCGUGGCCAUAAUGACCCGAGGGGUACGACCUCUGUGUCGCGCACCAUGCCUACAUCAAUGACAUUAACAGUUCAAAUUCUCAUACCAUAAACGGGACCAGGCUGUGUUUCCCUUUCCAGCCUCGGUUUAGUUACAUUGGGUCAAAAAGCAGAAAGGCAAGAUGGCCGAUAUUAAAAAAAGGAUUCGAUCUAUAUCAAGCACUGCUUGCUACUUCUCGUGGGGUUAGAAUCCCUCCGAGGCCGCCGAGAGACAGAAAUCAUAGAUAUCACUGUGUCGUAUAAAUACAGUGCCGGGAGGUGAACCUUAAAGGCACUGGACACUAUUGGUAAUUACUUAAAAUAGAU